AUGCCUCGCAAAGCUCGCAGAGCGUCACCCUUUGAGGAGCACGGCUACGAGUUUGGCGGCCCUAUCGGCGCCUUUGGCAUCUCGUUUGGUCUCCCGAUCCUCGUCUACGUCUUCACAUUCGUCUGCAACGACAUCUCCGGCUGCCCGGCCCCGUCUCUGCUCAGCCCCAGGACGCUGCAGCUCGAGCAGCUGAAGCGCGAGGUCGGAUGGCCCGAGGAUGGCCUGGCAGGCUUCUUCAACUGGCAGUCUGUCGCCGUGUCGAUCGGAUAUGUGCUGCUGAAUGCUGUCCUGUACAAGGUCCUGCCAGCUGUUGAGAUGGAGGGUACCGUGUUGAGGUCUGGUGGACGUCUCAAGUAUCGCUUCAACACUCUCUACUGCCACCUCGCCAUCCUUGGUGCCCUCGCGGCCGGCACUGCUGCCCAGGGCGCCGACUUCGUGGUCUGGACUUUCCUCGACCAAAACUACUUGCAGCUGAUCACGGCGAACCUGAUCAUCUCCUACAUCGUCGCCGUGGCCGUGUACGUGCACAGCUUCAGCAUCAAGCCGGGGAACAAGGAGAACCGCGAGCUCGCUGCAGGUGGCCAGUCCGGCAACCUCCUGUACGACUGGUUUAUCGGACGGGAGCUGAACCCGCGCGUGACGCUCCCCUGGAUCGGCGAGAUCGACCUGAAGGAGUGGCUUGAGCUGCGCCCCGGCAUGCUGGGCUGGAUCAUCAUGAACUGCUCCUUCUGCGCCAAGCAGUACCGCACCUUUGGCCGCGUGACGGAUAGCAUCGUCUUCAUCACCGUGAUCCAAGCGCUGUACAUCAUCGACUCGUGGGUCAACGAGACGGCCAUCCUCACCACCAUGGACAUCACGACCGACGGCUUCGGCUUCAUGCUGUCGUUCGCCGACUUCGUGUGGGAGACCUUUGCCUACCCUCUGCCCGCGCGCUACCUGUCCGUCCACCCGGUCAGCAUGGGCCCCGCGCGCUUCGCGGUCGUCGCCGCCUUCAUCGGCGUCGGCUUCUACAUCUUCCGCGCCGCCAACAACCAGAAGAACCGCUUCCGCACCGACGACAAGGACCCCCGCGUCGCCCACCUGACCUACAUGAGGACCAAGACGGGCAGCAAGCUCAUCACCUCGGGUUGGUGGGGCGUCGCCCGCCACAUCAACUACUUUGGCGACUGGCUCCAAUCCUGGGCCUACUGCCUCCCCACCGGUCUGGCCGGCUACCAGAUCCUCGCCGCCGGCACCGGUGCGGAGGGCGCGCACGUCAUGGCCGACGGCCGCGAAGUCGUGUCCGGCGACGCGGCCGGCUGGGCCGUCCCUAUCGCCUACUUCUACAUCGUCUACUUUGCCGUCCUCCUCAUCCACCGCGACGGCCGUGACGACGUCAAGUGCCACCGCAAGUAUGGGAAGGACUGGGAGGAGUACAAGAAGAUUGUCCGAUGGAGGAUCAUCCCGGGCAUCUACUGA